UUGGAAACCUUAAAUACAAACGAUAGUGAGCAGAAUUCAACAAGUAAUCAAAUAGUGGAUGCAUAUUUUAAGAUUGUCAGGGAUAUCACACAGAUGGAGAAACAAAUUGAUUUAUUUAAACACUACUACUUUUAUGGUAUAUUUUUAGAUGAAGUCAACAAAAUCAAGGAAAACUUUGGAUUGGUCCUUAAAGAAAAUAUGAGAAAAUUUUUAAAUCAAAACUGGGGUGAGAUCGGAAAAGAGCUUGAAAUUUCUGGAAGGUUCAAAGUAUUUGAUGAGAUUAGAAAUAAAAAGCAUGAUAUAUGCAAUGAACACAUAAAAGAGACAAUGUAUUGUAUUAAGCAGUUAGAAUACACUGUUUCUCUCAUUGAACUGUUAAUAGUAGAAGAAAGAACAAGAAUGUUCAAGGAAAUUGAGAAACAAACCCAGUGCAGUCAAGAAGAAGCCGAUCAGAUUGUGUGCUUUUACAUUGGAAACAUUUUACUUUCACACAUUCUUUCCGAUGCUUUUCCCAAUGUUGAAACUUUCUAUUCACAAAUGUUCUUGAACCUUUCAAGAUACUCAAUAUGUCAAAUUAACCUUAUUUCGAAACUGAGAAUUCUUACUGAAAAGCUAGGAAUAUUUAAUAGCGAUCUUGAUCAUAGCAUAGAAACUAUAGUUUACAAUUAUUUUGGAAGUGAGUUCGACCCAAAAGCUCUGUUUAAACUCUCGGAAGAGGAUAUUUCACUGAAAAUUUUUAAAUGCUAUGAUUUUUUAAAAUCAAUUAAUAGUUACGAAAACGAGUUUGAUGAAGUAUUUCUAAAAAAAAUCGACAAUUCACUACUUUUCAUUCUAAAUAGUACACCAUUCGAGCAAUUCUUUACAAGGCUAGAAGACGUCAAGAAUAUCAUUUCAAAAUUAAGGUUGAAAGAUGAACACUUUAAUGAUUAUUCAUUUGAAUGUAUUGACGAAAUUCAAAAGAGCAUUUGGAAAUUGUCAGAAGGACAGGCAAACGAUUUACAAGCAUUCGCAAAGCAUAACAAUGCUGAAGAUGUUGUCAAAAAGAUAUUGGCCCUUAAAGAAGUUAAAAACAAAGACUUUAAGGAAAAGUUUGUCCAAGUUUUAGCAGAUAAAGUCGAUGAAAUAUUUGAAAAUAGAUCGCAGGAAGACAAAGCAUUAUUUUUAGACACAGCAAGAAGAAAUUUAUUGUGA